AUGCCAAUCAUUGGUAAAAUAUCAAGAUCUCUUGCCGCUAAAACUGCAUUGGCAAUUAGAUAUGAUGCUCUAGGAGAUAACCAGGACAAUACAAUGGGAUUGGAGAAUCGGUUAAAGCUUGAAGCACGAUUGAGGAGUUUAGAAGGCAGAGAAUUGAAUCGUGCUGCUGGUUCUGCUAAAGGCAAACCAAAGAUUGAAGUUUAUGACAAGGAUCGAAAGACGGGUGCAGGGGGACUGAUAACCCCUGGGAAGACUUACAAUCCUGCGGCUGAUGCUGUUCUUGGACCAACUGAGUUAUCAUCAGAGAAAGAGAAAAAUGAGCAGGAAAAGAGGAAGGAUGAAGAAGCAGGUGAUGACACUCCUAUGAAUGGUGUGGAGAAGAAAAAGAAGAAGAAGAAGAAGGGGACUGAUAUAGAGGAUACUCAUGCUGCAGAAGAUGGUGUUGCUGGACCUGAAAGUGAAGUGGUUGGAAAGAAGGAAAAGAAGAAAAAGAAGAAACAUGCUGCUGAAGAUGCUGAGCUACAGAAUGAAAAUAUUGAAGCGGGAGAGAAGAAGAAAAAGAAGAGUGUUCUGUCCUUUCUGUGUAGCUAUUGCCACAUCCAUGAUUAUAGUUCCUUCAACUUCAUUGCCCUGGCUUUGUUGUUCAUGCAUGUAUGUUGUUUCUUCUGUGCUCUUCCUUCCUUUCUAUUUCUCCACUUCCACUUGCUCCAACCAUUCUUUUUGUGCUCUUUCUACUGUUCUAAUUGGUGUGGAUCUAUUUGA